AUGCAACAACGCAGAGAUGAGAUUCUUGCAAAGAAAGCGAAACUUGCCGAGCUAAAGCGACAGAGAGAACUUCGUGCCAGCCAGGCAGGCACCGGCCGUCAGAGCUUAGGAGCAUCCGAUUUGAUCUCGCCCACCGCCGGCCGAGCCGACAGUCGUCGAGAUCUUGAAUCCCUCAUCAACAGCCUUGUAGGCGAGAGCCGAUCUGGCUCAACAACAACAUGUGGUGCCGCGUCUCCAGGCCCUCGAGGUAGCAGACCGAACAGUGUUCUCAGCGCUGGAGAGCUCAGCAAUGACACGUCUGAAUUUGCAGCGGUCUCGAACGCUCAGGUUACCGCGCCGCCGCCACAGUUAAGCACGACGACUCUAACCACGGUUUUCGAGUGUCCGCCCUCGCCAGUCAAGGAGGUGUUUUCUUACAGCAAAGGAGUCCAAACGACGGAUGAGUGGACCUUGCCGACUCGAAACAGAGCACAGUCUGUAGUAUCAGAGGCAGGCGACUUGACAGGGACUACCGACUCACCCAACAAGAGACAAAGCAGAAGAGAGAGAGAUCGAGAGGAAGAGCUGCGUCAGAAGAUUCGUGAGGAGGUCGAAGAGGAGCUAAAGGCGGCCAAGGAGAUUCUCACAGACGGCAACUCGGCCGCGCCGUCUCUAUCGUCUGCCAACUAUCCGUCCAGAGAGCUUACCGCGGAAGAACUGGAAGCUGUCACUCGGUCAGAAGAGUUUGUCGACUUUCUCGACCAGUCCACCAAAGUUAUUGAGAGAGCCAUUGAUCAGGAGACGUACGAUAUCUUGACAGACUAUGCCUUGCAAGGGAAAGACGAGGAUGAAGGGGACGAGGAAAGUGGCAACACUGGCGGACGAGGUUCACAUAGGGUCAAGGAAGUCACGCAAUUUUUCGACGACCGAUGGUCCAAGAAGCGAAUGAUUAGCGCAAUUGAUUUUUCCCCCAAGUUUAGCGAGCUGCUCCUCGCCUCGUACACGAAGAAUCCUACUGCACCUCACGAACCGGACGGUCUUGUUCAGGUUUGGAACACUCACAUGCAUGAUCGACCUGAAUAUGUUUUCACCGCUCAGUCCGACAUUCUUACUGCCAAAUUUUCUCCUUAUCACCCGAACCUGAUUAUCGGGGGCUCUUACAGCGGUCAAGUACUUCUGUGGGACACCCGUGCAAAGGCAGCUCCCGUGCAGAAGACUCCUCUGACAGGAUUUGGCCAUGCUCACCCUAUCUACUCGGUCAACGUGGUUGGGACCCAAAAUGCGAACAACAUCAUCUCGUGCUCAACGGACGGCGUAGUGUGCGGAUGGAGCAUGGAUGUCUUUGCACAGCCGCAAGAAAUUCUGGAGCUGAGGAAUCCUGGCCAGGCCAAAGUCGCCGUGGAGGACGUCAGUCCUACCUGUGUUUCAUUCCCUCAGACAGACCCCACGUUCUUCCUGGUGGGAAGCGAAGAAGGCACAAUAUUCCCUUGCCACAGGUAUGAUCGCGCUGGUGCCAAAGCCGGGGUGGACAAGAAGAUCAGCUACAAGGGACACACUGCUCCCGUAAUGUCCGUGGACUUUCAUCCGUCAAGGGGCCCGAUCGAUCUAGGUGACCUGGUCAUCUCGUCGUCUCUUGACUGGAGCGUCAAGCUGUGGAAAGUUCGAGCGCCAGCAGCCACGUCCACCAUUAGCGCUGGUGACGGUAGCGUUGCGUUUCUGAUCGACUUUGUACGAGAAGAUGUCGUCUACGAUGCCAAGUGGUCCCCGGUGAAACCGAGCGUCUUUGCCCUGGUUGAUGGUGCUGGCUGGUUGGAACUCUGGGACAUUGCGGUAGAGACUGAGGAACCAAUGUCUCGCAUCUCGCCAAGCCAGCGUCAGGACGGCAGGACAAUGCUUUCAAAGAGCUUGAACAAACUUGCAUGGGAGCCCAACGAGGGUAAACGCUUGGCGACUGGCGGAAUAGAUGGGUCUUUGACAGUUUUCGAAGUUGGCAGUGCUCUGGGUGGCAAGGAAGGGCUGAAGAACGAGGAAUGGACCAAUGUCAAGAAGCUCGUCAAUCGUGUUGGGGCAGUUGGUCUGAUGGAGCCAUGA